AUGUCUGUGACGGCGGGCGUCAGCGACACGGUAAUCGCAAUCAGGGACAAGCUGAGGGGCAAAAUCGGGCAGACGAAGGUAAAGCGUUACUGGCCCGGAAAGGCGCCCGAGUGGGCGGACGACAAUGACGAAGCCGGCGACAUCCGCACGUCGGGCCUCGAGAAGGCCUUCCCCAGACAUGAAGGGUCCGACGCCGGCGUCGUCCGCAAGGACGACCCAAGGCUGCGCCGCCUGGCGCAGAGCAGGGCCGAGAACCGAGACGAGGUUCGGGAGGACCAUCGGCGGAUCCGGCAGGCGGAGAUCGUGUCAACGGCAGAAGAGGAGAGUCAGCGGCUGGAGGGGGUGGACAUAGACGAGGAGGAGGAGGACGUCCUGGAGGAGCGGAGGCGGAGGAUCCGCGAGAAGCUCCUCCAGCAGAGGCAGCAGGAGGAGGCGGAGCUUUCGCCGGAGGAGGAGGAGGAGGUUGAAGAGGAGGAGGAGGAGGAAUCCGAGUACGAGACAGACUCCGAUGAGGAAAUGCCCGGCAUAGCCAUGGUGAAGCCUGUUUUCGUCCCGAAAUCCGAGAGGGAUACCAUUGCCGAGCGAGAGCGGCUGAAGGCCGAGGAGAAGGCGCUGGAGGAGGCCGUGCAGAAGAGGCUGGAAGAGAGAAGGAAGGAGACCAAGGAGAUUGUCGUGGAGAAGAUCAAGGAGGAUAUUGAGAUCCAGAAGAAUCUGGAGCUGGAAGCUAAUAUUUCCGAUGUGGACACGGAUGACGAUGUGAAUGAGGCUGAUGAGUACGAAGCCUGGAAGGCCCGGGAGAUUGGAAGAAUCAAGAGGGACAGGGAGGAUCGGGAGGCCAUGCUUAAGGAGAAGGAGGAAAUCGAUAAGGUGAGGAACAUGACUGAGGAGGAGAGGAGAGAAUGGGAGAGGAAGAACCCGAAGCCCAGCAAGCAAUCCAAACAGAAGUGGAGGUUCAUGCAGAAAUACUACCACAAAGGUGCUUUCUUCCAGACGAAUCCAGACGAUCACGCGGGGACUGCUGGUGCUGACGGCAUCUACACGCGCGACUUCUCGGCCCCGACUGGUGAGGAUAAUAUGGAUAAGACGAUUUUGCCCAAGGUUAUGCAGGUGAAGCACUUUGGCCGGAGUGGAAGGACGAAGUGGACUCAUCUUGUCAAUGAGGACACGACCGAUUGGAAUACUCCAUGGACCUACAAUGAUCCUCUCCGUGAUAAGUACAAUAAGAAGAUGGCCGGGAUGAAUGCACCCAUAGCAAGACCUAAAGGGAGCAAAAAGUUGAAAGAUUGGGAAUCACGUUAA